ACGACAAAAAAUCGUUCGACCGGCUGUGCGUCGGUGGCGUCGUCGUCGUCGUGUGUCGGUGUGCGCGUGUGUGUACGUAUCCCUUGUGUCGGUGUGUGCAGUGGUGGUGCUUGAGCGUGCGAACGAGCGAGCGGACCAGAGGAUCGCUCAGACGGGCGACGAGUGUGUGAACUGUGUGUGUGCGCGCCAGGUAGAGCGGGGCGGCGGUUUGUGUGACUGUGCGUUGUCGGACGAUGUCGGACCGAGAGAGCGGCGAUGAUCAGCCCCAGAGCCAAAGUAUUGCCGUUCAUCGAAAUAACAUGUCCUCCGGAGACGCGAGACUGAGUCGCAGACGAGGACAAGCUUCAAAUGGAGCUACAGGUUCUGACUCUGGUCAACAACAGCAAAGUAAUGAGCAAGAACUGGCUACCAAAAUGCUUCAAAUACAAUCAAAACGUUUUUACUUAGAUGUUAAACAAAAUAGAAGAGGAAAAUUUAUAAAAGUUGCUGAAAUUGGAGCUGAUGGCAGAAGAAGUCAAAUCUUUUUGGCUUUGUCCACCGCGGCUGAUUUCAGGGAUCAUCUUGGUACUUUCAGCGAGUUUUAUUCACAAUUAGGACCGCCAAAUUCAGAUACAGUUCCUGAAGAUGGAAAAUUGAAGUCUGAAAUGAUGAUUAAGGACAACCGUCGUUAUUAUUUAGACUUAAAGGAAAACGCACGUGGAAGAUUUCUUCGUGUCUCCCAGACCAUUACUCGUGGUGGCCCGCGUUCUCAAGUUGCUAUCCCAGCGCAAGGGAUGAUUGAGUUCCGUGAUAAUUUGACAGAUCUACUAGAUGAAUUUGGUACAGAUGAUGGUGGCUUCAAAGGUGACUUGCCUGAUGGUCGUCACAUGAGGGUUGAUAACAAAAAUUUUUAUUUUGACGUUGGGCAAAAUAAUCGUGGCAUUUACAUGCGCAUAUCGGAGGUAACAACUACGGUUAAAGGAAACUUUAGAACAGCAAUCACUGUGCCAGAAAAGUCAUGGUCCCGCUUCCGCGAUUAUUUCAGGGACUAUUGUGAAAAGAUGGCUGAGUGCAACGAAAAAAGUACUACAGCAACUUCAGUGCCAGCUGAAAGUGUCAGUCCACAAUAAACCUCCAUGUAUAAAAAGUUAUAUAAAAAAAAAAAAUAUAUAAUUAAAUUUUUUU